GUAUGAGACCAAGGAGAGAGAAACUCAGGAGUCAAGGAGCAAGGCAAGAAGAGCAAGCGGGUAAAAAGCCCAGAGGAAUCUGAGCCAAAGCCAGGAAGGGUCUGAGAGCGCUGAGCAGCGGGAAUGGCCCUAAGGAUGCUCUGGGCUGGCCAGGCCAAGGGGAUCCUCGGAGGUUGGAAGACCAUCUGCUUGGUGAUGUCUCUGUUCCUACAGCACCCGGGAGUAAACAGCAAGUGUUACUUCCAAGCUCAAGCUCCCUGCCACUACGAGGGUAAAUACUUCACUCUGGGUGAAUCUUGGCUCCGCAAGGACUGUUUCCAUUGUACCUGUCUGCAUCCUGUUGGUGUGGGCUGCUGUGACACGUCUCAGCAUCCCAUUGACUUCCCUGCUGAGUGUGAAGUGCUACAGGAGGCAGGAACCUGUCAUUUUUCCCUGGUGCAAAAAGCUGACCCUCGGCUGCCCUGCAAAGGGGGAGGGCCUGACUUAGAAUGGGGCUCGGCUAACACCCCUGUUCCCGGGGCUCCUGCCCCCCACUCCAGCUGAAGGCUCACCCAUCUGCUGUCUGCUCACUGCUGCUACCACUUCCAGGGAAACCACUGGCAGCUGCCAACUUCCUCCAAACAAAUAAAUCAGUGCUACA